AUGACUUCUGCAGGCCCAUUCUGGUGUUACCUGUCUAGAAAAGCAGAAGAGACAGCUGAGGGGAACAAAUCUGUUGCUGCUUCUUGGGGAUCCCCUUCAGUGCACGAACAAAUGAGGAAAACUGCAAAACAGUCAUCACAGAAGAAAGAUGCUCCUCCAGUGACAUCUUCUACAGCAGCUUCUGAGAAGAAAGGAGGUGAUCGGACGCUGGAGAAAGAGAGGAAAAAAGAUGUGCCUCCUCCUCGCUUGCAAUUUGAUGAUAAGAACCGGGUGGAAAAGGCUAAAAGACGUGCGGUAGUCAAACAAACUGAAGCUAGAAACAGAGUCGAAUUGUUUCGGCAUUUACCUCAAUAUGAACAUGGAACCCAGCUUCCUGAUCUUGAGUCAAAGUUUUUCCAACUUGAUGCUGUCCAUCCUUCUGUUUACAGGGUAAAGUUUGUCUAUAAGAUCAGUUGAUCAUCAUUUUUCUAUUAUAUUUAUUCUUGUCAUCUUCUUCCAAGCUUCGACUUGAUCAGGUGAUAUAUGAGAUUUCGAUUUUAAAUGAUAUAAGUAGUGGAUUUAUACAUUAUCACACUAAUUCCAUGUUAUCAUGCAGACAUGCUGGCAUCUUGGAUAUUGAUCCAAGCUGAAAAGCAUGUAUCAUAAUUUUAGAAUGCUGUACUGCAAUAUGGGGCACAUUUGCAUCCUUAACACACAUUGUGCUUAUGCUAGUGUUCUCGUAACCAUACUUGAAGUCUGGGCUAUUGUCAGACUCUCAUUGAUUUAGGUGGAAAUGGAUGUGUAUUGGUGACACCUUGCACCAAGGCA